UUCAAUCUACAUAAAAAUACAUAAGCAUAGUUUAUGUAGAUUGAAAAUUCAGAAGCCACAGCCAUGGGCAGAAUACAGGCAGAUACCAUAGCGCAUGCGCAUAUGGCUUCUGCGUUUUGCUCAUGGCUCCUGCAAUUUUAUGCGUGCUUCCACCUUUACAAUCGCCAAGGACAGGAUUGGGGCCGUUAGAGACGCGAUCGUGAUCGCGAUCGUGAUCAUAAUCGAGAAGAGAAUCAAGAGUACAGUAUAUCGAGUGCUGCAACAAAUGCGAGUAGAAGGGCACGUGAACCCACGACCGAUACCAGAUCGACCGCGAUGUACUUCCGCUGAAGACGACGAACUUCUCCGCAAUUUGAUGCAAGCGAACGGAUUCCGGUCAGCACAACAGACGGUAGUGGAACAUAAUUUGAAUUGUUCCGCGAAAAUUGUUCGGCGUAGAUGGCGAGAACAGGGAUAUCACCAUCGUAUCCCUGCUCAAAAACAAGCGUUAACAGAAAAUCACCAAGACCAACGGAUGGCUUUUGCCUUUGAACAUUUGGCUUGGGAGAAUGAAUGGGAGAAUACUAUUUUAUGCAACAC